GUCGCUUCUUACAAAUACAAAAAUUAUUUCCUGUGUUCCAUUUCAUUUCUGCAUUAUUCUGAACUUGCAAUCCAAACCCCAAACAAGCCCCAAAUCUUCAUCAAAUCUCUUGAGAAAUUGAGUGACUUGUAGAAGAAUCUAGGGCACGAAUCAAUCAUGAAUAUCUUCAGACUGGCAGGGGAUAUGACACAUUUGAUGAGUGUCUUAGUUCUUCUCCUCAAAAUCUAUGCUACCAAGUCAUGCUCAGGAAUAUCAUUGAAGACGCAGGAGUUAUACGCUAUUGUUUUUUUGGCUCGGUAUCUGGAUUUGUUCACUGACUUCAUCUCUCUUUACAACACUGUGAUGAAACUGGUUUUUAUUGGAAGCUCUUUGGCAAUUGUCUGGUGUAUGAGGUACCAUCGGGUUGUCAGGCGCUCAUAUGAUCGUGAGCUAGACACUUUCCGUUAUUGGAUUCUUGUGGGAGGGUGCUCUGUUUUGGCACUUGUUAUUCAUGAGAAGUUUACCCUUCAAGAGGUGUUUUGGGCUUUCUCAAUAUACCUGGAGGCAGUUGCCAUUCUUCCCCAGUUGGUGCUCUUGCAAAGAAGUGGAAACGUUGAUAAUCUGACUGGACAAUACGUGUUCUUCCUUGGAGCCUACCGUGCAUUUUACAUCUUAAACUGGAUUUACCGCUAUCUGACAGAGCCACAUUUCACUAGAUGGAUAUCUUGCGUCUCUGGUCUUGUCCAGACAGCCCUUUAUGCAGAUUUCUUUUAUUAUUACUUCAUCAGUUGGAAAAAUAAUGCCAAGCUUCAACUGCCAGCAUGAGGGAAAGACGAGAUAUGAUGAACAGUUUUAACACCUAACCGGGAUCUGGUUUCACGCUGUGGCUUGCGGACAUAAUUUUUGCAUACUACUUUCCUUUAGAUGUGAGAUCAUACAUUGAGUUGGCCGUGGGUUAAGUAUUUUACCGAGCUCCUUCAUUGUUAGAUUCAGAUACAGUACCCUUGUUAAUAUGACAAGAAUAUGUGAUUGCAAAAUGUUGUCUGCAUUCUUGCCAAGUGUGAUUCGAACUUACAAAGAUAUAGAGGUAUGACUAAUCAAUUAUUUUGCUUCGUACA